AUGGAUUCGCAGAAACAAGACGGGAUUCAAAAGCUUUUACAGGCGGAGCAAGAGGCGAACGCGAUCGUGACCGCGGCGAGACAAGAAAAAACGGCGAGAAUUAAACAAGCCAAAGACGAAGCGGAAGCGGAAAUCCAAUCGUACAGAAACCAGCGAGAGCAACAGUACCAACACAUGCUUGCGCAAGCCACGGGAGGGUCCGACGAGUUGGCGAAAGAGUUGGAGACGAAAGCGAAACGAGCCGAGGCGAAUAUGCGAGCGACGAUAGAAAAGAACGGGGCGAACGUCACGGGGAUGUUGGUGAAGCACGUGACGAGCGUGCAAUUGUAA